UAUAAGUAAAAGCGGCUGUUUGUAAUUCCAACUCGAAGUCUUUGGGUCAUCUAGUGAUUUUCACCGCUCUGCUUCAACACCACACCCGCCACACUACCUUUAACUUGAGAGACGAUACUUGAACGAUGUGCGGAAUUUUUGCCUACCUGAAUUACAGAGUGCCACGAACGAGGAGGAAUAUCUUUCAGACCCUCAUAAAGGGGCUUCAAAGACUGGAGUACAGGGGUUAUGACUCAGCAGGUAUUGCAGUAGAUGGUCCAGGAAAAGAUCAAACAACUGAAAUCAGUCUCUUUAAGAAGACGGGGAAAGUGAAAGCUCUUGAUGAAGAAAUCUAUAAGAGUGACUCCAUCGAUUUCGAUGCAGAACUGGACACACACUUUGGCAUUGCACACACUCGCUGGGCCACGCACGGAGAGCCCAGUGCUGUCAACAGCCACCCUCAUCGAUCAGACAAGAACAACGAGUUUGUUGUCAUCCACAAUGGCAUCAUCACAAAUUACAAGGAGCUGAAAAAGUACCUGGUUUCCAAAGGCUAUGAGUUUGAGUCGGAUACAGACACAGAGGUCAUCCCAAAGUUGACCAAAUAUCUCUAUGACAACCGCGAGAGCCAUUAUGUGUCCUUCUCCACCCUAGUGGAGCGCGUCAUCCAGCAGCUGGAAGGGGCAUUUGCUCUGGUUUUCAAAAGCAUCCAUUUCCCAGGAGAGGCUGUUGCCACCAGGCGGGGCAGUCCGCUGCUAAUCGGUGUACGCUGUCAGUAUGAGCUUUCCACAGAACAAAUCCCUGUCCAGUACAACUGCGGUGACUCCAGGAGAGAUGGACUCCAGGAGAAAAACCUCCGUAACCAAGAGGGCAGCACCAAUGCCCUGCACUCAGUCCAUGACAGAAUGGCAGUGGAGUUUUACUUUGCAUCUGAUGCAAGUGCUAUCAUUGAGCACACCAAUAAGGUGAUCUAUCUGGAGGAUGAUGAUGUAGCCGUGGUGAUGGAGGGGAAGUUGUAUGUGCACCGAAUUAAGCGUACAGCAGGAGAGGACCCCGUCCGUGCAAUUCAAACUUUACAGAUGGAGCUCCAGCAGAUCAUGAAAGGUAACUUCAAGGCUUUCAUGCAGAAGGAGAUCUUUGAGCAGCCUGAAUCUCUCUUCAACACCAUGAGAGGCAGAAUAUGUUUUGACAGCAACACAGUUCUUCUUGGUGGCCUGUCCGACCAUCUGAAGGAGAUAAAGAGAUGCAGACGUUUGAUCAUGAUUGGCUGUGGAACCAGUUACCAUGCAGGAGUAGCAACACGUCAGAUCCUUGAGGAGUUGACCGAGCUUCCCGUUAUGGUCGAAUUGGCCAGUGACUUCCUGGAUCGCAUCACUCCCGUAUUCAGAGAUGACGUCUGUUUCUUCAUUAGCCAGUCGGGUGAGACAGCGGACACUCUGAUGGCAUUACGCUACUGUAAGCAGCGUGGCGCAUUGACUGUUGGCAUCACCAACACUGUGGGCAGCUCCAUCUGCAGGGAGACAGACUGUGGAGUUCACAUCAAUGCUGGGCCUGAGGUCGGAGUGGCCAGCACUAAGGCCUACACCAGUCAGUUUGUGUCUCUGAUCAUGUUUGGUCUGAUAAUGAGUGAAGACAGGUUUUCACAGCAGAACAGGCGACUGGAGAUCAUCGAUGGCCUCAAACAAUUGCCAGAGUUGAUCAAGGAGGUUCUGGCUCUUGAUGACAAGAUCAAGAGCAUAACUGAGGAGCUCCACCAUCAGAAGUCUCUUUUGGUCAUGGGUCGAGGCUACAACUAUGCCACGUGUCUAGAGGGGGCACUGAAAAUUAAAGAGAUCACAUAUAUGCACUCUGAAGGUAUUCUGGCUGGAGAGUUGAAGCACGGCCCUCUGGCGUUGAUCGACAAGCACAUGCCAGUCAUCAUUAUCAUCAUGAAAGAUGCCUGCUAUCAAAAGUGCCACAAUGCCCUGCAACAGGUCAUGGCCAGACAGGGUCGGCCUAUCAUCCUAUGUUGCCAGGACGACCCAGAGAUCAGUAAAAUGGCAUAUAAGACCAUUGAGCUGCCUCAGACGGUGGACUGUCUGCAGGGAAUCCUCAGUGUCAUUCCACUGCAGCUCAUAUCUUUCCAUCUGGCUGUGCUCAGAGGAUAUGAUGUGGACUGUCCAAGAAACCUGGCCAAAUCUGUGACAGUGGAGUAACUCUUUGUAAAAAUGUGAAAUAACCAACGUGGAAGAGGAGAAGACUUGCCAACAAAGUGCAAUUACGUGUGUGUGUGUGUGUGUGUGGGUGUGUGUGGGCAGGUUUAAGUGGUUUACGAAGACUAUUGUUUUAGGUUACAAAAACUGGUAAUUAGGCUGUAAAUGUGGUUUAUGAGGACAUUUUUAGUGUCCCCAUAAUUCAAAUUGCUUAAAAAAAUACAUCCUAAAUGAUGUUUUAUUGAAAAUGUAAAAAUGCAGCAAGUUUUUUGUGAGGGUUAGGUUUAGGGGAUAGAAUCUAUAGUUCGUACAGUAUAAAAAUAAUUAUGUCUAUGGAAAGUCCUCAUAAUGCUGCACAAACGUGUGUGUGAAUGUGUUUGUGUGUGAAUGUGAGAGUUUGGGUAUUUAUAAAUUAUGACCAAAACCCUAAAGGCCACAAGACCUAAAUGGAACCAGUGGGGGGAGAAAUGCUUUUUGCUCCAGAUGUGCCUAAUGCCUGAGUAUUCAAAUGCAAAUGUGCCUUACAGCCUCCUCUCUUAGAUCUUAACUGUGCCUGAAGGAUCACAAGUCUGAUGUUUACGUCUUACAAAGCAAAGUGCAAUGCUUUAAUCUGCACAAUUGAUCUGUGUGUCCAAGAAAUGUACCUGAAAUAAUGGGAACCAAAUACCUUUUUUUAUUUAGAGUAUGUAAGGGAGUGAUAGACAGUGAAUGUUUUAUGUAUAAUUAAUGCUGACAAAUGUCAAGGAUGAAUUGUUCUAAACCUACAUUUUAUUGAAGGACCAAAUUACGGUUUAAAACCACACAGCGCUAUUUUCCAUAUUUUCAUUAUCAUUAGCACAUUGCACACAUUUCUCUGUACUUCAGAAAAUUAUGUCAGAUUUGCAGCUGGAACGAAGAAGUGUUAAUCACAUUAACUCAUUUAAAGCAUUCAAUGGAUUUAAAGAAAUAAUAAUAUAAAUAACUGGGGUCUACUGGAAGAUUUACUGUACUGUUGGAGUUUACUGUGAAGUACUCAUUGUGGGAACAAUCAUUGUGUUAUUGAUUAUAUUAUUAUCUUUUUUUAUGAUUUCAGCUAUGUUUCAUGAUCUAUGUUGUGCUGAAAUUAGAUAUCAAACCCUUACCAUAACUUAUUUUUUUACUAUCUUGCUGGGAUAAAACUCUUUACGAUUGUCCCUGCUUGGUUUUAAAUCAUAAUUCUCCCAGUAUAUGUAUUUGUCAUAUACUGUAUGUCCAUUUUAAAUCAGUUUUAUAGUUGUAAAGUUAUGGGUUGAGGUUUGUAGAAUGCAUGCAGUAUGAAGAAACAUAUUGACUUAUAUUUCUUUAUCAUGAUCACUAAUAAUAAAAUAAAUAAAUAAAUAAAUCCAAUGAAAUACAACCAGCA